GCCAGUCGUUCGCGCGGUUCGCUAACGAGGAGGUCGAGACGGUAGUGCUUGAACUAGCCUGUCUUCCUCUCCGGGGUCGAACUCCGCUCCAAACUCCAAGCCAGAAGAGAUCUUCCUCAAGAGAUAAUUUCUUUCUUUUUCCCUCGUUCUCUCUCGCUCGCUCUCUGAAGACUUCAGAAGCUGUCCGCUGCAAAUCUGCUGAAGGCGGUGGUCCGGUCAUCGGCAGACGCCAUGAAGACGGAGGACAAGACCGCCGCGGCCGCGCGGGUCAGGAUCGCCGUUUUGGGCACCAUCGACGUCGGCAAGUCAGCACUGAUCGUUCGUUACCUCACCAGAAGGUUUAUCGGCGAGUACCGGUCCAACACAGACUUGCUGUACCGUCAGACCAUCUCAGUCAAUAGCUCGCCCCUUGAGGUGGAGAUUGUUGACGUCUCUGGAGACACGACAGAGUUCCCGCUGGAGCAGGUGCAGUGGGCGGACGCCUGCGUGGUGGUGUACUCCAUCACCGACAAGCUGUCCUUCCAGUACGCCGUCGAGGCGCUGCGCCACUUCCAGAAGAUGCGGCCCGUCAACGGGGUGCCCGUCACCCUGCUCGCCAACAAGGCCGACCUCGAGCACCUCAGAGAGGUGGAGCAAAGCGAGGGCAAGACGGUGGCCUUGCAGUACGGCUGCCAGUUCCACGAGGUGUCGGUGGCGGAGAACAGCCCCGGCCUCUACCAGGCCUUCGAGUCGCUGCUGAGCGAGUGUCGCUGCCUGCACGGCACCGCCAACCACAAGUCGCGCAAGUUCUCCGUGUCCAAGAUGCUGGGCACGCUGAUCGGCGGCGGCAACAACAACUCCAACAACAACAACUCCAACUCCAACUCCAACAACCUGAACAACAACAAGACGGGCGGCACGGUGGUCGUGUGCCAGAAGUCCGACCUGCACCGCAGCCGCGUGCUGAAACGCCGCCAGAACUUCGCGGCGACGGCGUCCCUGUGACUGGCGCAGGAGGCGCCCGCCUCUCCCGACAGGACGUCGGCGAUGCCAUGAGAUCCGCCGCCACAGUCGGCGGGCGGGUGGCCGUUCCGCCUCCUGGCCGACUGCCUGGCGCCGAGGUACGCGGGCUGCCGCUGCCGGCAGUGACCUGCUCCUCUCCACCCGCGAUGGAUGGGCUCGACCUUAGGUCCGAGGACCUCUCCCGUCGGCAUCCAGCGCGAUUUUCCCCCUCGCAGCUCCUUCGCAGACUUCCAGCAAGAAAAAAGGGGGGCGUCCGUUGGGUUCCUAACCUGUUGGCGUCCUGCCCUCUGGCCUGUGAAGGACAGGUGUGGCCGUAUGGCCCUGUAGUCCGAAGACUACUCCAUUGGCAUCCAUUGCGAUCUACCAUGCUGUCCCCUCGUGAAUUUCCAGAAAGGAAGGGAGUCGUACAUGGGUUUCCAACAUUUUGGUGUCCUGUCUUCUGACUGGUGAAGGAUAAGUGUGCCCAUACCACCAUGAGAUCCAUCGGCAUCCAGCAUGAUCCACCCUGCUGUCCCCUCGUGAAUUCCCAGAAAGGAAGGGAGUCGUACAUGGGUUCCCAACAUUUUGGUGUCCUGUCUUCUGACCGGCGAAGGAUACCACCAUGAGAUCCGAAAACUACUCCAACGGCAUCCAGCGUGAUCCACCCUGCUGUCCCCUCGUGUAUUUGCAGAAAGGAAGAGAGUCCUAUAUGGGUUCCUAACCUGUUGGGUCUACUGGCCUCUAACCUAUGAAGGAUGGCCUUGACCUGAAUCACCAUAAGGCCAGAAGACUACAGGGAUUCCGGGCCAUCUGGAGCUCUUUCUCUCUCGCUCGCACAUCCCUGCCCCUCAGAAGGCUAUGGAAAGCCUCUGCGCGAAUUCUCCAUUGAGAUGUUGUCUUUCUUGGUCUGGGUCAUCGCUCUUCAAUUUUUCCUUCCACGGUUGAAGAAGAAGAAGCAGCGAUCACUUCAUCAAGUGUCGUGUCCGUUGCAGAUACGACUUUAUGCGAGAAUCACACCUCUAAUUUUCUCGCUCCCCCAUCCCCCCGUCACACACAAGCAUGUAACUGGAGUCUGCCUUUCUCCUCAACACUAUCAGCCCGGCCUAGAGUAUUUGUGUUUCCCCCCCUCUGUGCGAAACAGACGCGUAAUUGAAAGUACAUAUCGGUCACAUACCAUUACUAAUGAAACACGGGAAUUUAUAAAUCGCAGAAUGUUACAUGCUUGUGUUAUUUUGUAAGGAUCUUGAUUUUAGAGUUUUGGAAUCAAUCUUUGUUCAUUUUGGGACAAAAUUAAUCCGUUAUUAGGUUGGUUUUUUCUUCUUCUCCUGGAAUAUGAUCAAAACUGCCUGGUUCUUAUAAUAGAUUUACAAUAAUACGAAAUGUUGUGCCUUAAGGUCCAUAGUGACUCAGAUAAAUACUCUUAAUGUAGAAAAAAGAAACCGGACACCAAAUGUUUUAUUCCCGACCACUUUUGGAUUCUCACUCAGUUUUGCAUGAGGUGAUUCAAAGAUUAUCAUAGUUUUACCAACAUUGUGGUGAGUACUUUAGUGAUCGUCAGAGAAAACAGUAAUUCUUAAGCUAAAUGACAAGUUCUCGUUACGUUAACGUCUGGCGAAUAGGUUCACAUGGCAAAUCAUUCCGAAAUGUGUGGUGUUAAUGGCGAUCGUUUCAUACAAACACAGAAUUUUAAAGUUAAAGGUUCUUAUUAAGAUAUAUUUCUAACUGAAACUUUUCAUGAUAUUAUCUCUAUGAAAAGUAUUAUUGCUAGCAAGAAUUUUAAUUGGCAGGUUGGGAAUAACGCAUGGUACUAUAAGGUUAAAUUGAAAGUGUGUUUGCUUGCUUGAAUCUCUUAUGAGCAAAGAUUGAUUCUGGGUUUGACAUUCCAAAUGCGACAUGCGCGCAUUUCUUGUAUGUGGUGUAGUACUUUGUAAAAGUUUUUGAUUAUCUGUUUGUGAGAACUAACGAAUUGUAUACUAAAUGAAGUUUUUGGAUGUUUAAAUUAUUUUAUUUGGAAAUCUGUUAAAUUGUGUACAUAAAAGAGAGAAACUGUUGACAUAGUAAAAUAAUUUAUAUUUAUCGGAUUGAAAAAAAUAAUAACGCUUACAUUUUAAACCACAGAAUAUGAUUACCAAAAUAAUUAUUGUAUUAAUUUGUAUGUGAGUGUUAACUUGAUAAGGGUCUAUUUAAAGUACAUCUCCUGAUGAUAUAUGGGAAUGAAAUAUUGUAUAUACCUAAUGAAUGUAUUGUUAAUAUACGUUUUUACCACAUUGCUGGCUUUACUCGUGUUAAGCAGAAUUGUCUCUUUAUAUUUUUAAUGUAUUUGAAUAAAUAAUGUUAACAUGUAUAAAUUUUAGAUAUUUAUCUCACAGCAGAAACAAGCCAAUGAAAUUUUCGCUUAGUAUAUUCAAGCAGUAUAUUUAACUUUUAAUGGAAAUAUUUAUAAGCAAGCGUAAGUGAUUUUCUUGCGUUGUGUUGAGUGGCACUAUAUCGUAGACAGUAAUGAGAGAUUUUAACACGCUGUAACUACCAAUAUUUACUUAAAAUAAAAUUUAUUUUUUACAUCAUUGAUCAAUCGUUAAACCCACCAAAAAUUUAUUCCAUUCGCUAUAUUUUUUAUGAUAUAAGUUUCGCUUUAAAUUUCCUAAUAUGUAAAUACCAAUAUUUUUAAAAUGACUUUUCCUGAACGUUACGUAAUAUUAAAAAAAGCGUCAAAAGUUAUUUUUUAUAAACGGUGCCUUUUUUCUUUACGUCACUUUUGGGUUACUCUGCAGAUGAUGUUUAUAAGCAAACUAUUAAAUAUAAUUGAUUGAGACUUUGGUACUAGAUUAAGUCGCUCACACAUUUCUUCACAAUGUUAAAUAAAAAUUUACCAUCCAAGUUACACAGACUCUAAUAAAAACUAUAUUAAAAUUGUAAAAAAAAAAACAUAAAUUUAUCGAUAAAAUUUUUUUAUUGUUAAAUACUUUUUACAAUUAAAAAUUUUGUACUUCAAUGCAUAUUCUCCACUGGAAGUAUGCUGCUUAUUGUGCGAAAUUGUGUGUUAUAAUUUUUGAUUCUUGAAUAUUUAAUAUCCACACUCAUAUACAUGUAAGAUAGCAUGAAAAAUGUAUUACUAAGCUGAAAUUGUGAUAUGGCUGUGAUUCAUUGUUUUUGUACCACAAAUUUGUACUAUGAUUAGUAAAAUUUGUACAAUAAAUGAUGUUAUUUUAUAAA